AUGAAAUAUCCCGGACUUGUUUAUCGACUAAAAAUAACUGGACCAAAAAAUAUUAAUGUUGAUAGUCGUUGGACAAAAUGCGAAUCGAGUAAUCGAACAAUUUAUGAUUUCGAAGUCGAAGAUCUCGAAGGUCAACGCCGAGAUUUGAAUGAAUAUCGCGGAAAAAUUUUAUUAAUUAUAAAUGUUGCAACAUUUUGUGCUUUUACUAAACAAUAUUUGGAUUUCAAUCCACUAAUAGAAGCGAAUUCCGAUAUUAAUCUCGAGAUACUUGCAUUUCCAUGUAAUCAGUUCGGUUUGCAAGAACCUGCAGAAAACCAUGAAAUAUUAAAUGGUCUUAUGCAUGUUCGACCUGGCCAUGGAUGGAAACCACACAAAAAUUUGCAUAUUUAUGGCAAAGUGAAAGUUAAUGGAGAUGAUCAACAUCCACUUUUUGAAUUUUUAAAGGAUUCAUGUCCUCAAACGGUAAAAACUAUUGGAAAACCAUCAGAAAUGAUGUACGAACCAAUACGAGCAAAUGAUAUUACAUGGAAUUUUGAAAAAUUUUUGAUCGACAAAAACGGAAUAGUAAGAUAUCGAUUCCAUCCAACUGCAUGGAAAAAUGGUGAUAUCGUUCAGAAAUUCAUUCAGACACUCGCGAACAAUAAACAAACAAUAAAAAAAUAA